AUGGAUGCCAUUGCGUUAGUGCAACACUUUGGAAAGCCUGAUAUAAUUUUUACCAUGACAUACAAUCCUUCUUGGCCAGAAAUAAAAGAGCAUUUGCUCGCAACAGACGAAACUCAAAAUAGGCCUGAUUUAGUUAGUCAAGUAUUUAGAGCGAAGGAAGAAGAGAUGAAAACAUAUAUUUUAAAAAGAAACAUAUUUGGAAAAGUUGCAGCUUUUAUGUACAUUGUAGAAUUUCAAAAACGAGGUCUUUCACAUGCUCAUUUUCUUAUUAUGCUUACUGAUGACUAUAAAUUAUUGACACCUGAAGCUUAUGACAAGUUUUUCUCUGAUGAGCUACCUGAUCCUGAUGCAAACUCUUAUUUACCUAAGCUUGUUAUUAAAUAUAUGAUCAAGCAGAGUUCACUGGCAUGUUUGAUUCGUGAUGCAAAAUUAAUUGUGUGGGAUGAAGUAUCAAUAGCAAAAAAGAACAUGACUGAAGCAUUAGACCCUCUUCUGAAAGAUCUUAUGGACACACAUAUGCUUUUUGGUGGAAAUGUUAUUAUUUUUGGAGGAGAUUUUAGACAAACCCUUCCAGUUAUUCGAAGUGGUAAAAAGGAAGACUUUAUUCGGGAAAUCAUACUGAACUCUGAAAUAUGGAAUUAUCUUGAAAAAAUACGACUAUCAAAGAAUAUGCGUGCAAAAACUGAUCCUUCUUUCUGUGAACAUUUGAUGCAAAUUGGAAAUGGAAAAGAAAAGACAAACAUGGAUAAUAAAAAUUGUGUGACCAAAAAUGACUUUGUUGAUGAAUUAAAUGACGUGAUUAUAGCCCAAUUUCUUAAAGAUGCUAGGAUAUUUGUUACAACUGAUGAAACUGUUGAACCGAGUGAUCAGAGUCAGUUUGAAGAUUUUUUACACUCAUUGAACCUUGCUGGUUUACCUCUUUACAAAUUAACCUUGAAAGAAAAUUGUUAUAAGCGCUAA